AUGAAGGAGGACAUACAGGCUAAGAUCAAGGAGUCUAAAUGCAAUACAUUUCCCAAGCUGACACAGAGCCGAAUAGAGCAGCAGAAGAAAGAUGGAGCUGAGGAACAAGACCUGACACAGCUGGAAGACAAAAACAAGGAGAAAGGACAAGACCAUGAAAGUUCCCAGAGUACGUCCCAGGAUUACGGCUUUACCAGCCCAACCAGUCAGGACUGGGACAUGGGACGCAUCACUGUGGAUGAGGUCGACCUGAAGGGAACAUAUGUCCGUCUCAGCAACAAGUCCAAUCAGGACCAGCCACUGGGAGACUGGGAAUUACAUGUACACGUCAACAACAGAAAACCUAUCAAAUACCAAUUCAAGAAAACAUCUAAACUCGAGGCUGGAAAGACUGUCACUAUCUGGGCUCGAGAGAGCGGUGUAAAGCCUGACAACGCCAACCUGAUGUGGUCUACCAAAACAUCCUGGGGCACCAGAGAACAACUGCUGGUCUACCUCUACAGCAAAACUGGAGAGCUAGAGGCAAGCAAAGUGAUUCAGCUUGGGGACUCUCCGAACCAGCAGGAGAUUGACACCUGUGUGACCAGUCAGGACUCAGACAAAGGACACAUCAUGGUGGAUGAGGUCGACCCGGAGGGCAAAUAUGUCCGUCUCUGCAACAAGUCCAAAACGGAUCAGCAAAUAAAAAACUGGGAAUUAUAUUUACAUGUGAACAACAAAAAACCGAUCAUUUACACAUUUCGGAACUCAUUGAAACUCAAGGCUGGAGAGACUGUCAAGAUCUGGGCUUCAGGUUGUGGUGUCAAUCACAAUCCCCCCACAGACCUGUUGUGGAGGAACCAGAACCCCUGGGGCACUGGAGAACAUCUGCUGGUCUCUCUCUACAGCUGCAAUGGAGAGCUGGAGGCAAACAAAAGUCUUGAACCUGAGAAGUCCCAGGAGCGUGGCAUCAACUAA